AAAAGAUUUUUAAUAAAGGUGGUGAUGUGAAGCAACGUGCUAUACUGUGAUCCUGUGUUUGAUUUUCCAUGCAGAACUAUGAGAUCCCAUUUUUAGCAACAAAAAAACUAUGAGAUCCCAUUUCUCAUUUGUUCGUAUUUAUUAUAUUGAUAUGUGAAUACGAAUCAUGUAAAAUCUCUUAAUUAAAUACAGUAUAAAAGAAAGGGAAAAAAUACAAAAAAGAACAUCACUACAUGAGAGGAUGUCAUAUUGAUACGAAUUAAAACAGCUGGAAACUCCUGAUCAGUAAUUAGUACGUUGACACAUGAAUGGUUGGUAUUUUCCAUUGUGUGUGCUUCAAAUGCAUUCGCACGGCAAAUGCACAUAAUCACAACAAGUCACAAUCUAGAACAUCAAGAUUAAUUAUUACAUUGAAAGCCUUUUCAAUAAAAAAAAAUAAUUACUACAAACAAAAUGUAAUAUUCGUUGAAUUAGUUUUAUGAUGACAUCGCAUGCAAAUAUGCAUACAAUCGAAAAAAUCACAUAAAACAAAUAUAUGAAGUAUAUAUCUUGUCGCCUCACUGUAAACUCUUAUAUGAAUCCAUGGGAAUAUAUUAAUUAUGUUCAUGGUCUACGAUAAUAAGGCACGAUGAUUUUGUAACCUUUUAAUAUAUUUUUAUUAGUUAAAUAGACAUUUAUAGUUGUCUUUCCAAUCAUGGAAAAUUAACUACUUGACAAACACAUACAGCUUCAAAGUAUAAUUUAAUUAUUGUUAACUACUAAAUAAAAAAAAAUACUAAAAGGUAAGCAACUCUCCGUUACCAAAUUAACAAGAAUCACUUUCAAAUUUUCGCUUUAAAUUUAUUAUUUAUUUUAUUUUUUCCGCGUUACAUAUAAAGUGUUUAAUUAUUAUUCCUUCUUCAACCUCUAAUACUAUCAUCUAGAUAUAUAUGCUAGCUUAUUUUCCGGAGCUAGGGUUUUUAUUUGUAUCUUCUAUAGUUUUUCUUUUUUGAGGUUGUAGUUGUUGAUGGCGAAUCAUUCAUGGUCAAACGGUGAUAUGAAUCACCAAAACGCAUACUUCGGAAACUCCACGACGUCGCCGGAAAGCUCAGGGAUGAAUCACCUCUCAGGUACCGCCACGAAUUGGAGCUCUGAAGAACAGGCCAUUCUCGAAGAUGCUCUUGUUAGGUAUUCGUCAGACCCGAGUCCGAGUAUCUUACGUUACGCAAAAAUAGCGUCGGAGCUUCAGCACAAGACAGUUAGAGACGUUGCUUUGCGUUGCAGAUGGAUAAACAAAAAGAGAAGAAAAUUAGAAGAUCAUAAUGGGUUGGGAGGAGUUGACAACAAGGAGAGUAUAGAUAAGGUGGUGGCUUCAAACUCAGCUCCACAUCUUCUUAGAGAAGAAGAUGGGGUCAUCAUUGAGCUUCUUAAACAAAACGAGCUAUUCCUCAAUCAGAUCCAUACAAAUCUCACAUCCUCCUCAAUGUUAAAAGAGAACUUAAAACUGUUCUGCAAAACGCGCCAAAACAUCAAGAACCUUCUCAAAAACUUGCAGGAGAAUGCGCCAGAGCCGAUGAAGCGUAUGCCAUGGCCUGAGAAGUUGAGUGAUGAUCAUGAUGAGCUACUUGAUUCAAUCCUUGAUCUCUCAGCUUCACCAAGGCAGCAACCAUCGCCAGAGGAAUUUGAUCAUGAUCAGCUACUUGGUUCACUCUUUCGUCCCUCAACUUCACCAAAGCAACCAUGAAUUAACAAGACUCUUUUGUUUUUUUUGUUUCUCUUCAGUUUUUAGGUUUUAUUGUUUUUUUUUUCAGUAGAGACCCUAACGUAGAACACAAGUUUAAUUAGCUGAUGUAAACUUUUGAUUGAAAGAAGCUUUUCUAGUGUUAAAUG